AUGGAAUUUUAAGUAAAGUUAUAAACUAAUAAAAUUUAAAACUUAAUGAAUACUUGUAAAUAGACAAAACUGAUCGAAAUUUAUUUAAAGAUUAAAAAAAUCACCAUUAUCCAAAAAAAUGAGAGAAUAGAUAAAAAGUAUUUUUAUUAAUUAUAAUUUAGAUGUAAAGUUUUUCAAAAGAACAGCAAUAAAGUUAGAAUCAAACUAUUUUUGUGA